AUGGCCUCGCAAAUCAAUCCAAACGCUCCUGACUGGAAGCCGGACUCCUGGCGCUCCAAGCCCAUCAAACAUGCCCCGGAAUACCCCUCCCAGGAAGCUCUCACCGCUGCCACCUCUAAGCUCGCCCGCCUACCCCCAUCGUCCACCCUCUCUGCGAUCGAGUCUAAAAUCAAGCUGCUGUUGCAAAUGAGCUUGGUACUAAUUUGGGGUGCCGACAAACGCGUCGUCAGAAUCGGCCGCAUGGCCGGCCAAUAUGCUAAGCCGAGGAGUAGCCCGACGGAGAUAGUAGAUGGACAAGAGGUUCCAAGCUUCAAGGGCGAUAUCAUCAAUGGCUUCGCUCUUGAUCAGCGGCAGAUUGAUGCUGGGAGACUUGUCGAAGCUUACCACCACUCGUCGGCGACACACAACUACAUCCGUGCCUCCCUCUCGUCCGGCAUCGCGGAUCUCCACCGUCCUCUUGACUGGGGUCUUGGCCACGUGCGCGAUCCGACCCUCCGUGCUAAGUACUCGGAGGCCGUUCACUCCAUCACUGAUAUGCUUCGGUUCCUCCAUACCAUUGGUGCUAACCGCACCGACAAACUCGACACAGUUGACCUCUUUACCAGCCAUGAAGGCCUUGUCCUCGAAUAUGAGCAGAACCUCACCCGGCUCCUCGAGCGUCCUCGCAUCACCUCCAACUCUGGAUGUAGCCAACCUGAAGGCGUGAACCCUGAACAGCCGGUCAAGGAAUAUUACAACACGUCCGCUCACUUCCUCUGGAUCGGAGACAGGACCCGCCAAAUUGACGGCGCGCAUGUUGAAUUCUUCCGCGGAAUUGCUAACCCGAUAGGCAUCAAGGUGGGCCCUACAACCCCUGCCGCCGACCUUCUCGCCCUCCUUCGCACUUUGAACCCUUCUGCCGAGCCCGGUAAAAUCACCCUCAUCACCCGCUACGGAGCUUCUCGUGUGCGAGACCUGCUUCCCCACCAUAUCCGCACCGUGGAGUCGAGCGAGUACCGUCGCUGCGUUGUAUGGCAGUGCGAUCCCAUGCACGGAAACACCAUGUCCACUCCCUCUGGCCUAAAGACCCGUCAGUUCAGCGACAUCUUUACGGAACUACGUGAAACUCUUGCUAUUCACAGACAGGAGGGAAGCUACCUAGGCGGCGUGCACUUGGAACUUACCGGCGACGCCGUCACCGAGUGUCUUGGCGGCGGGCAGGAUCUGGACGAGGAUGCCUUGAGCACCAACUAUACCAGUUUCUGUGACCCCAGGCUCAACGAGAAGCAGGCUCUCGAGCUGGCUUUCCUAAUUGCAGAGCAUUACAGACAGGAGAGGAGGCCUCUCUAA